AUGGGUCAUCAUUGCAAGGUGACCUACCAGUUGUUGGUGGGAGAAGAGGAAGUGAAAGAGCUAAUGCAGGGCUAUGUUACUGAUGCAGAAGGUAAAGCAGAUAUAGAAGGGGAAAAUAAGGAUGAUGAAGAGGAGACCGUGCCCAGAAUCAGCUUGAAUGCAAUGAAAGGAGAGUUUCACCCCGAGACAUUAAGGGUUAUGGUGAAAAAUGGAGAGACGGUUGAUUGCUCCGCGAAGUGCAAAGAUUUACCUCUGCACGUUCAAGGGUACGAUUUUGCUGUUGAUACAUUCGUUUUGGAUUUAAAGGGUGCUGAUAUAGUGUUGGGUGUAGGAGUAGCAGCUGGUGAACCCAUAGAGGCAAAAGCGAGCCUAAUUUUGGAGGAAUACGCUGAUGUUUUUUGUGGAACCCACCACAUUGCUCCCACCAAGGACAUUGGAUCACCCCAUUCACUUGAUACCAGGUGCAACCCCAGUCAGUAUAAGACCAUACAAAUAUUCUCAAUUUCAGAAGGAGGAGAUGGAAAGGAUAAGUUUCUAAUAUCCACCAUCGAAGAGAUACUUGAUGAGCUUUAUGGUGCUAGAUUCUUCUCCAAGAUAGACCUCCAGAGCGGAUAUCACCAAAUACGAAGGAGAGCUUAUGAUAUUGGAAAGACUGCAUUUACAACCUAUCAAGGGCACUAUGAAUUUGUUGUUAUGACCUUUGGCCUAACGAAUGCCCCUUCAACUUUUCAGGCCAUCAUGAACAAGAUUUUUUAA